AGGUUGCAAAGGUUGUUAUUUUUAUCCUUUGGAACACAAAAAGAUGAAAACUAACCAUUCUGGGACUGAAAAUAUACAUUAUUGCUUCGAAUCCUCAAACACUUCCUGCCUAAAGUACGUUUAUCCAACCACAAUACGAGCCUCUUUGUAUGUUCUGUUAGGGGCCACUGUACUCCUCACUGUGCUGGGAAAUCUCCUCGUCAUCGUUACUAUAUCCCACUCCAAACAGCUGCACACUCCCACCAAUUACCUCAUCCUCUCCCUGGCUGUCAGUGACUUCCUCCUGGGGGCAGUGGUCAUGCCGCCUAGCCUGAUACGCUCCCUGGAAACCUGCUGGUAUUUGGGUGACUGGUUCUGUAAGAUACACACUAGUAUAGAAAUUUUACUCACUGCAGCAUCCAUUUUUAUGCUUUAUUUGAUUUCUGUUGAGCGAUACGUUGCUGUUUCUCAGCCUCUGUUGUAUCACGCUUUGAUCACAACUCGUGUUGCCAAGUACAUGAUCCUGACCUGCUGGGUUCUUUCUGCCCUUGUCAGCUUUGGGAUGGAGCUACACAGCUUGAAAAUUCAGGAUGUUUACCUCACACAGUUUAGCUGUGAGGGAAGGUGUGCUGUGUUACUAGACAAGGCAUCAAGCAUAUUAUCUUCCCUUUUUAUUUUCUUCAUCCCAGGGUUAUUUAUGCUUGGCCUCUACCUGAAAAUCCUAGUUAUUGCACAUAAACAAGCCCGUUCAAUUCAGGUCACAAUUCUAAUUAACAGGAACCAUGAAAAAACUAAAACCAUUCUGUCUAAGAUGGAGCAAAAAUCCACCAGGACACUGGGCAUAGUUACUGCUGUGUUCCUGUCCUGCUGGUCGCCCUGUUUUAUAUAUUUAAUAAUAGAUCCAGUCACUGGUUUAUCCACACCGUACCUGUAUGACAUCCUGAUUUGGAUUUGCUAUUUGAAUUCAGUAAUGAAUCCCAUAAUUUAUUCAUUCUUAUUUAAAUGGUUUAGGGAGUCACUGAGAAAAGCCUUUAGUAAAAUAUUAAACAGUUUUGAUUAAUGUUACUAUGGAGGGUCCAGGUUAAAUGCUGGUAAAUGUACAGUGUGACUGAGGUUUCUGUCUUUUCUCCUCAUUUCCCACAUCGAUGUUACUGCUCCUCUGAUACUGACUCCUGUGUCUGUAAUUAUCAUCACUGACUGUCUGCCUUUAAUGUCAGGGCAGAGCACAGAUGGAGCGGUUUAUACUAGUUAUUGCUAUAAACACCACUAAAUAAAUUAUAUAUACUAUAUUCUGUAGAGUGGCUCUAAUUCAAACUGAUUUUCACCAUUUUUCUCUCGUUCACUUUAGCUUUUAGAAAAUGCUAAUUAUAAAAUGUGAAACUGUUUGAAUGAUGAGAUUUAAAUUCUGUGUUUUUAUAUUAUACUGUAUAUGAAAAUACACAAAAUGUUCAAUUGGUACAACCUUACAGAUUAACAUGAUGACAUUAAAAGUCAGAUUAGAAGAAAAAUCUAGAAGUUAACAGAAGAUGGGAAAUAAAAACAUAUUUUCUUGCAAACUAUAUUAUAUAUAAUUUAUAUAACAGUGUUUAUUUUGUACAUUGGCUCCUGAUUCAAACUGGUUUUCGUCAUUUUUCUAUCCUGUUUACUUUCGAUCUUCAUAAUUGUCAAGGAAAUGUGAGUGAAAAAACAGUGAUUGAAUGGCGACAUUUACGUUCAGUGCCAUCUUCAUAAUUUAUAUCAAAAUAGUUGCCCCAAACCACCCAAACAUUCGACUGAUACAACCCUUCAGACUGACAUAAUGACAUUAUUAAAUGGAGUAAAAAUAGCUCAAAGUUAACAGAGGACAGGAAACAGAAACUCAUUUGAUGUUUACAGGAUAAUAACCUGUGAGGGACCAAGACCAGCCGGCUGCUGAUGUACUGAUGCUUGUACCUGCAGAGCAGAGCAAGCAGCCUUGUUUGAAAGCUACAGUAGAAACAGGAGGGCAGAGUGGUGAACCCUUACACUGCCAGACUGCUACAGACACUGCAAGCUGUACUAGGGCCUGACCAAUCAGAGUUUAGGAAACUGAGGCACUGGGCGUAAUAAAGUCAGUUUAGAUCAGGGGUGGGUGUUAAUACUGGUACCACCAGAAUCAGCACAAGCGUCAACCCGUGAUGACUUACCAGUACCCUGAGGAUGUCCAGGAGAAAUCUGAGAGAGGGGUUUGGAAGAACCAAGUAUAGAAUCGUAUGGUGUGGAAGAGUUUGACAGGCAUUGUUAUACCCAAAGAAAUGUUCACCUAGGAGCACCUGGAAUAGCCCACAUAACAGCCUUGUGGGCCAGAAGCGACUGCAGCCCCUUACCAACAUAUCCAGCAUUCCCUGAAGUUUUCUACUUUGGACCAACAGUGUGGCCUUUCUAGACACGGACAAGAAGGACAGACCCAAGACCUGACUAAUACCCACAUUGAGAGAUGUACACAAGCUCUGACAAAACGCUGACUAGAUGCUACAACAGACAACUGAUUGUGUAGAGUUCACCAUAUUCCCCACAUAUACUUUGACUGGAUUCCCUGGAUGACAUCACACUUAUGUUUAAUCAAUAUCUGUUAGGCUGUUGUAUGUAUUACUUAGGCAGAAAUAAUUCUGUGAUGCCCA